AUGGCAGAAGCGGCGGCGCCGGGCGCCGGCGGAGAGGUGGCGGUGGCGGCGGCGGAAGGCUCGGGAUUCGCCGGCUUGUCUCUGGGCCGCGGCUUCUCGAGCUACCGGCCCUUCGAGCCCCAGGCGCUGGGCCUCAGCCCGAGCUGGCGGCUGACGGGCUUCUCCGGCAUGAAGGGCUGAGGCUGCAAAGUCCCCCAGGAGACGCUGCUCAAACUCCUGGCGGGACUGACGCGGCCAGACGUUCGGCCCCCGUCGGGUCUGGGCCUGGUCGGAAGCCAUGAAGAGGCGGCCCAGGAAGGCGGCGUCCAGGCCGGGGCGGAACCCAACCCAACCUUUCCAGCCCUGGGCAUUGGGAUGGACUCCUGCGUCAUACCCCUGAGGCACGGGGGCCUGUCACUGGUGCAGACCACGGACUUCUUUUACCCCCUAGUGGAAGAUCCCUACAUGAUGGGGCGCAUAGCGUGUGCCAACGUGCUGAGUGACCUCUACGCCAUGGGUAUUACUGAAUGUGACAACAUGUUGAUGUUACUCAGCGUCAGCCAGAGUAUGACUGAGGAGGAACGAGAAAAGAUAACACCGCUCAUGAUCAAAGGCUUUCGCGACGCUGCUGAGGAAGGAGGGACUGCAGUGACUGGUGGACAGACAGUAGUAAACCCUUGGAUUAUCGUCGGAGGGGUUGCCACUGUGGUAUGUCAGCCAAAUGAAUUCAUCAUGCCGGACAGUGCAGUUGUUGGGGAUGUGCUCGUGUUAACCAAACCCUUAGGAACCCAAGUUGCUGUCAAUGCCCACCAAUGGCUGGAUAAUCCUGAAAGAUGGAAUAAAAUAAAUAUGGUGGUCUCCAGAGAAGAGGUAGAGCUAGCUUAUCAGGAAGCCAUGUUCAAUAUGGCUACCCUAAACAGAACUGCUGCUGGACUGAUGCACACGUUUAAUGCACACGCAGCCACAGAUAUCACAGGCUUUGGCAUUCUAGGACACUCUCAGAACCUUGCAAAACAACAAAGAAAUGAGGUGUCAUUUGUCAUUCAUAAUCUGCCAAUCAUUGCCAAGAUGGCUGCCAUCAGCAAGGCCAGUGGGCGCUUUGGGCUCCUUCAAGGAACCUCAGCAGAAACUUCUGGGGGAUUACUGAUUUGUCUGCCGAGAGAACAGGCAGCUCGUUUUUGUUCUGAAAUCAAAUCUUCCAAGUAUGGAGAGGGUCACCAAGCAUGGAUCGUCGGUAUUGUGGAAAAGGGAAACCGGACAGCUCGGAUCAUUGACAAGCCUCGAGUUAUUGAGGUCCUACCUCGCGGGGCCACUGCUACUGCUCUCGUUCCUGACAAUUCCAAUGCUGCCUCUGAACCUAGCUCCUGAGACGGAAUAGCAGAAGUUGUGUGGACCUUAGAGUCUUUGUACACAAUCAUGGACGAUUCU